AGCAUUUCACUGAAUCAACUUCCCAUUCUACGACCCGUCUCUCCUCUCCAGUUCUUCCCUGCCCACUGUUUUUGUGGUAAAAGUCCGUAAUCAUGGAGAAAAUGGUAGCUCUGAGAUCGCUGUAUCGCUCACUCUCCUCCAGAUCUUAUCGAGUAGCAGCCCUCAACCAGCAGCUGCUAUGUCACUCCCAGCCUCACCACCACAACGCUGGCGCUGCUCGAACCCUCUUCAAUUUCUCAUCCCCCAUGGCCAAGGACCUCUUUUCUGAUGAUUGCAGGUCCCCUCUUUCAACCGGUUUGGGAAGUAGGCGAUUUUAUAGUGAUGAUUUGAGUCACAUGCCUUCCAUUAAAGACCCUGAGCUGCUCAAUGUUUUCAAAGAUUUGAUGGCUGCAAGUUGGGAUAAGCUACCUGAUAGUGUUGUCCAUGAUGCAAAGGCUGCAGUUUCUAAGAAUACCGAUGACCAGACUGGCAAGGAGUCUGUCACUAAUGUUUUCCGUGCAGCCGAAGCUGUUGAGGAGUUCGGUGGGAUGAUUACAACAUUGAAGAUGGAACUCGAUGACAGCAUUGGUUUGAGUGGAGAGAAUGUUAAGCCCUUGUCAGAUGAGUAUGUGAAUGCACUAAAGACAAUUUACAACCGCUAUACUGCCUAUUUGGAUGCAUUUGGGCCUGAGGAGACUUAUUUGCGGAAGAAGGUGGAGACAGAGUUGGGAACCAAGUUGAUAUACUUGAAGAUGAGAUGCAGUGGCAUAGGCUCUGAGUGGGGAAAGGUAGUUGGGGAAUCUUGAGGAGCUGUACAAAAGAAAGAUGGUGAAGUUUAGAUGGAUGGUUUGCAGCACUUUAAACAUGGAAGUAGUACAAAGCUGUGCACAGAGAUCUUGACUAUUGCAGUUAUGCUUUUGGUUGCAAUGGAAAAUAGUUUCCUCUUUGGGUUAUGGAAUUAGUUAAUUGAAUGGUCAUCUCUUUCCAAUCAAUACUUGUUUUGCCAAUUUCUGCCUUCUAAUUUCCAUCUUUAACAGGUUUGCUUGGAAAUUCUUCCUAUUGUGAUGUGAUAAAACCACAAUGUAAAUGCAUCUGGUUCUGCUCCCCAAAACAAAUGGUGAUCAAGAUGUCUGUGAGGAUAACAUUGUAAAUUUGUAUCAAAUGGAAGAAAUCUCGGUUGAUUCAAAUAUGUUUCCAGUUUUGGGUCAUUCCUGUUUAGUUUCAAAAUCGAGACUUCUUCGAGCCAAAUUGAAAGACUUUGGUGAAAUAAACAAAUAAAAUUGAUUGUA